AUGUCAGACAACAUACCAUUCGAAAUCCAAGCGGAAAUCAUGAAAAAGCUUCCUGCGAAAUCGUUGGUUCAAUUCAGAACUGUCUCAAAAGCAUGGAAAUCUCUGAUCGAUAGCUCUCAGUUUAUUGUUGAAUAUAGCGGUCGACACACACAGGAACAACAUCUACUUGUAUGGUAUAGUCAUAAAUUUGAGCAAAAAUAUGUUCCAAUUGUUGAUGAUCAUACUUUCCCUGAACAAAAAGUUUCCCCCACCAUUCCUCCACCGAUGAACAUGCUUAAUUAUGCUAGCAUAAUCGGCAUCUCUCAUGGCUUGUUGUGUUUAUACUAUAAUUAUCAAGAGGGCCUUGGUGGUCCCUACUCUGGAACAGACAUAGCUUUUCUAUGGAAUCUUUCAAUUAGAAAGGUUGUUGCUGUUGCUGUGCCUAAUGUUGGAUGUGGUAUGUAUGAAACAGUUCUAGGUUUUGGGGUUUGUCGUGAGACUAUUGAGCCUAAGAUUGUCAAGGUUACUCAUAUUAAAAGGUUUAGCGACAUGGAAAGUAUAAGUUGCAUCCCUUGGCAAGUGGAGAUUUUUACAUCAAGCACAGGGGCUUGGAGAACUCCAUAUAGCACCAAUCUCCCUUUUAAUAAGUCAAUUGAAUUUAACUGUUUUACAGUAGCUGUAGAUGGGUUUAUGUAUUUGCUUGUUAUUGAAAGGAAUACUAUGGAUGGUGUGUUCAGUUCUGGUUAUCCACACAUCCCCUAA